UUUGAUCGCAGCCAAAGGCCACAAUGCAAUCGCUCAGACUCACUGUUGGCGGGUUCUUUGCGUACCGUUAUCAUACCACAAAAAAUGGAGUUGUUUCUUAAAUUGUCGCAGGAGAAUACAGAUAAAAAUGUAGAGGCUUGCCGUAUACCGGCCGGUCUUUUAUCUCAAAAUCGUCUGUACAUUACGCAUGGCAUAAUACCGAAGCAAUAUGGGAAUGCUGGUUCGUGCACCACGAUGAGUGAAGAGGAAAUAUUUGAUUUACAAGAUCAAAAAAACGUAAUUACUUUAGAUUGGAUAUACAUACGUAGAAAACGUUAUAUAUAUAUUUUAAGAGUCGAAUUGUGUAAAGAAUGUUCAAAUAAUUUACAGACAUAUCCGAGUCAAAUAACAUUUCUAUAUUCGGUGGAUUUGCAUACGCACUGUUCACAUCAGUUAAUGAUGCCUGAGGCUAUAGCCAUAGUUUGUGCGCCAAAUUAUCAAACUAAUGGUUUCUGUAUACUUACACCAACAUAUGAUCUGAAUUUUAUUGCUGAAUGUCGUGAAACGGGUUUUCAUCCUCAUCCCAACAUAUAUGGUUAGUAAUACAAAAAAAAGCCAAUAUAUUUUGUUUUUUUCUUAGCAUGCUCAACAUAUACAAAUCAAUCAAAAUCAAAAAAUUCAAGCCGGCUUCUGCUGAAGUGGUUUAUAUUGUUGGCUGCUCAAGCAAUUUCGUACGUACCGUGCGAUGUCUCGGUGUAUCCCAGGCCAAUAGUAUCGGCUGCAAACUCAUUGUAUCGUCUUAC